AUGGACACUCGCAAAAGGGGCAUUGGUGUAGUCGGUCUUAGUGCCAAUGGAGGUCUCAAGAAAUCCAAGCCAGAAAUGGACUCCAUGUCAAGUGGUAUAGGAAGCAAAACGAAGCCAUGCACGAAGUUUUUCAGCAAGGCAGGUUGCCCGUUUGGUGAGAACUGCCAUUUCCUCCACUUCUUCCCUGGAGGCUACGCUGCUGUGGCCCAGCUUAUGAACCUGACCCCUCCGGCACAGCCCGCCCGAACUCCCUCGGGCCCACAGCCUGUCCACAACGGUUCAUCCUCUGCAGCCUUCAAGACCAAACUGUGCAACAAAUACAGCACGGCCGAAGGCUGCAAAUACAACGACAAGUGCAACUUCGCCCACGGCGAAGCCGAGCUUGGCCGGCCCAUCAACCUGCAACAGGCCCACGAGGAGCCGCCCCGCCUGCCCAUACCCGUGCCCGGACCCACACUGACACGCUUCGUGACCCGUCCCGACCCCCCAGCACCAGUUAGCUUCGGUGCCUCGGCCACCGCUAAAGUCAGCGUGGACGCCUCGCUGGCGGGUGCCAUAAUCGGGAAGGGGGGUGUGAACUCGAAGCAGAUAUGCCGGCAGACGGGCGCCAAGCUGUCGAUCAGAGACCACGAGACGAACCCGGGCCUGAAGAACAUCGAGCUUGAGGGCACGCUCGAGCAGAUAAAGGAGGCAAGCGAGAUGGUGCAGGAGCUUAUAAACAGUAUUGGGAAUAGUGCAAACGGGCAGGGGAAAGGGCCUGGCGGGUCGAGGAGUAACUACAAGACGAAGCUUUGUGAGAAUUUUGCCAAGGGGUCGUGUACGUUUGGGGAUAAGUGCCAUUUCGCGCACGGGGCAUCCGAGCUGCGUAAGACAGGGGUUUGA